AUGCCUCUGAUCACCGCGGAUCCACAGGAGCAGAGAGGCGCACCCGGGCCAGAGCGCGUCAAACCCGGGCCAGAGCGCGUCAAACCCAGGCCAGAGCGCGUCAAACCCGGGCCAGAGCGCGUCAAACCCGGGCACGAGACCAGACAGGCCUCGCCUUCUGCGCACGCGGUGGUGGAGCUUCGACUCGGAGACGGAUCUCUGCACUACCUCUGCACACCGGACACAGGCGCCUUGGAGCGGGCGCAGAGGCGGAGGAGACUCGCCGCAAACGCCCGGGAGAGGAGGAGGAUGCUCGGCUUAAACGUGGCCUUUGACCGGCUCCGGAGCGUCAUCCCGAACCUGGAGAGCGACAAGAAGCUGUCCAAGUCCGAGACGCUGCAGAUGGCGCAGAUUUACAUCGCCACAUUGAGCGAGCUGCUCCAGGAGGGACCCCCGGGGCUCAGAGCGCACACGCCGGCCACAGCGCACCAUCACCCCGCUGAGCUCCUGGAGGAACGACACAGUGGGAACGCGUGGGAAAGAAGCAGCGGCAGCAAGUGA